AAAACUAAUGUGGAGUAUGCCUUAAAUUUUUCUAUAGUAUUGCAGAUUAAAAUUAUGAAAACAUAUCAAUUUUUUCAGACAAUAAUGGGGGUAAUAUGAAGUUUUAAUAUGUUAUUAUUUAAAAUAAAUUUACUGCCACAUUGUUGAUUUGACUUUAACGUUACAUUUCAUUCAUAAUAUCUGUAUUUGACAAUGAUUCAAAUGACAACUCAAAGUAGUAGAUUAAUUCAUCUCGGAAGAUUAAAUGUCACAUUGGUUUCCUCCGUUCUACGAUUUCUAUCAACUUAUAAAACCUUAAACAAUUCUACUAUUGUCGAACCAGUUAAACUUGCUUAUGCUUCCUAUGAAUCAAUGAAAGAAAAUAAUAAUGUUACUAUUCAUCCUAUCGUAAUAAUGCAUGGUUUAUUUGGGUCUAAGAAUAAUUGGAAUUCUUUAUCCAAAGUGAUUCAUCAAAAAACUCAACGUAAGGUGAUUGCGGUCGACGCAAGGAAUCAUGGAGAUUCACCUCACUCGUCAGAAAUGUCUUACAAACAUAUGGCACAAGAUAUUGUACAGUUAUUAAAUGAUUUAGAAUUUGAAAAAGCUAUUCUAAUUGGACAUAGUAUGGGGGGAUCGACUAUGAUGUACUUGGCGUUAAACUUUCCAGAAUUAGUUGAAAAGCUAUUAGUAGUCGAUAUGUCUCCUGCAAGAGCUAGUCCUAGUCUAAUGCAAAUGAUGGGCAUUUUUAAGGCCAUGCGUUCCGUUACAUUAGAUGGAAGUCCAUCCUUGACUAAAGCACGUAAAAUGGCAGAAGAACAGCUCAUGGAGAGCGUUAAACCAUUGACGUUACGACAGUUUUUAACAAUGAACCUUGUAGAGGCAGAACCUGGGAAAUAUAAAUGGCGCGUGAACUUACCGGUAUUGGAGCAAAACUUCUCUAGUGAAAUUGCUGUAUUCCCUAAUGUAGAGGGGAAGAUUUAUAUGGGUCCAACAUUGUUCAUAGGUGGUUCUAAUAGCGAUUACAUAAAAGUUGAAGAUCAUCCAGCUAUACAAAAAUUAUUUCCGAGUGCUGAAUUUCUUUAUAUCAAUGGUGCUAAUCAUUGGGUACAUGCAGAUAAUCCAACAGAGUUUAUCAACAUUGCCACUAAUUUUAUUAAUCAAAAUCAGUUGUCGUGAUGUUUGUAAAAUAUAGAUUACGGGUGGAAAGAGUAGCAAAUGUGUAACACAGUAUAAACGAAUUGCUAAUUUUAUGUCAG